UCAGACAUCUGUUCCGAGCCGAGAGGAGAUCGGCAGCAGCGUCUCAACGGCUCUCUCUCACUGUACCAUGACUGUAUGAGAGGCCGGAUCGACAAACAGCGUGUGGAGAGAUUAAAUAGGAGUAUUUGUGUUCAUAGUUAGUGUUUGCAUUAGACGGAGUUCUUCAGCUCGUCACUAUGACAGUCCUGCCGCUGCUUUUCAUGGCCGUCUCGGUCGCGUCUGGGCUGGCCGAGUCCACUGUGCAUUUCCGAGAGCAAUUUGAAGAUGGAGAUGCCUGGAGUAGUCGCUGGGUGGAAUCCAAGCACAAGACAGACUAUGGCAAGUUUGUCCUGACUGCAGGGAAGUUCUAUGGAGAUGCAGAGAAAGACAAAGGCCUGCAGACGAGCCAGGAUGCCCGCUUUUAUGCUAUGUCAUCACGUUUUGAUGACUUCAGCAACCAGGGCCAGCCUUUAGUCAUCCAGUUCACUGUGAAACACGAGCAGAGCAUUGACUGUGGCGGGGGCUACAUUAAGCUGUUCCCCUCUGGGCUCAACCAGGAGGAGAUGCAUGGAGACUCUGUCUACAACAUCAUGUUUGGUCCUGAUAUUUGCGGCCCUGGCACAAAGAAAGUGCAUGUGAUCUUCAACUACAAAGGCAAGAAUCAUCUGAUUAACAAGGAUAUCCGGUGCAAGGAUGAUGAGUACACACACUUGUACACACUGAUCGUCAACCCUGACAACACAUAUGAGGUUAAGAUCGACAACAAGAAGGUCGAGUCUGGCAACCUGGAGGAUGACUGGGACUUCCUGCCCCCGAAAACAAUUAAAGACCCCGAGGCCAAAAAGCCAGAGGACUGGGAUGACAGGGAGAAGAUUCCUGACCCUGACGAUAAGAAGCCAGAGGACUGGGACAAGCCUGAGAACAUCCCAGAUCCUGAUGCCAAGAAGCCCGAUGACUGGGACGAGGAGAUGGACGGAGAGUGGGAGCCACCUAUGGUCACCAACCCCGACUACAAGGGUGAGUGGAAGCCAAGAGAGAUCAGCAACCCCGCCUACAAGGGCAAAUGGAUCCAUCCCGAGAUUGAAAACCCAGAGUACACAGCUGAUACAGAGAUCUAUAAAUACGACAGCAUUGGCGUGAUUGGGCUCGACCUGUGGCAGGUCAAGUCUGGUACCAUCUUUGAUAACUUCCUAAUCACCAAUGACCCCAACCUAGCAGAGGAAGUCGGCAACGAUACAUGGGGAAAAACUAAGGACGCCGAGAGGAAGAUGAAGGAGAGCCAAGAGGAAGAAGAGAGGAAGAAACGUGAGGAGGAGGACAAGCAGAGGAGAGAAGAGGCAAAGGAGGAAGAGGAGGAAGAAGAGAAAGAGGAGGAGGAGGAAGACGAAGAAGAGGAGGAGGGGGAUGAACAGGAGGAGGAGGAGGAGGAUGAGGAAGAGGAUGAUGAAGACACAGACUCUAAACUCAAGGAUGAGUUAUAAACUCAGGAACUGCUCAGCCAUUCUGUGUCAGUGAGCCAUUGGAACAAGACUGCAGAGUGAGAGGACGGACCCUCAUGACUGACACCCUGGGGUGGGGCCGGGUGGGAUGGGCUUUUUCAUUUGUUUGUUUACAAAUCAAGGGGAUCGGUCAAAAAGGGCAAUUACUGUUUUGUUUCCUGUUUCAUUGUGCUAUUGCUACUACUAGUACUACUACUAUAAUUAUCAAACAAGGAAUAUUCAUUGAAAGAGUUAAUAUGUCCAAACGAAUGUCAAGACCGAAAAUUAUAAAACUGCAAGUUGUACCCAACAGAAAUAUGUAAACGGUAAUUUGUGUUUUACAAAAAUCUGGGUUUUUAUGAAGUAUUAUGUUGUGGUGACAUGAAAAGCUACAUUUGGUAUGUGGAUGAUACCAUGGAAAUGUUUUGUUUACCUCAUGUGUUUUGUUAGUCUCAUUAAUCUGUGUCACAUGGCUUUUUGAUUUUGUAAAUGUUCCAUGUCAGGUUGAAAGGAUGGUAUACGGUUCGAUGUCUUCAUGCAGGUUAUCUACUCCUAUUUAAACAAGGGUUAAUGGGGAAGGGUGCAUCAGGACUAACACUGUACAUAUUUGACAACCUGAUGAAAAAAAAAAACAUCUGCCACAGGAUGGAGUGCUUCAGCAAGUCCCAUGCAUAGUUUUGUACUGUAGAGUUAACACUUUUUUUUCACUUCAGUGCACAUACUAUAGUCUCAUGUGUCAAAAUAAACUCUACUUAAACUUAGAUGUACAUUAAGUACACUCCAGUAGCAGAAAAUCUUCCGAUCGUCUGGUACGUAUUCACUUUAGGUGAAGCUUGUUGCUGUGUACAACCAGUUUCCUCAUUCUUGAUUCCAGUAUACCUGCACUGCUGUACCCUAGCACACCGUCCCAAACUGUCUGAAAGAUGCUCCUUUUGUAAAGACAUUUUGUACUAAUGGUAGUAACUGAAGCUGGACAAUUUUCAUGUUGCUGUGUUUAAAAAAAAAAAAAAGAAAAGAAAAGACAGGUAUGCUGUCCAAUAAAACAACGUGAAGAAAACGA